UAAGAACUGUUAGGAGGGUAAUACGGUCUUUAUAUCAUAGUAUACGUUUACAAAUCUUUGAUUCAGAAAUCCUCAGCCAUGUUUUUGACUUUGGAAGCGACAAAAACAUGAAGAUACUUGUAACUGGCGGAUCGGGCUAUCUCGGAGGAAGGCUGUGUCACGCUCUGGUGAGCCGUGGUCACGCCGUCCGUGCCCUGGUCCGGCGCACCAGCGACCUGUCUGGGCUUCCUUCACCCCUCAAUGGCGCCUCUGUGGAACUUGCAUACGGUGACGUCACCGACUACCCAUCCCUUCUAGAUGCCUGCUCCGACUGCGACGUCAUCUUCCACGCCGCUGCCCUCGUCGAACCCUGGCUUCCCGAUUCUUCUAGAUUCUUCUCUGUCAACGUUGGUGGUCUGAAUAACCUGUUGCAAGCAGCUAAGGAGACAAAGACAAUAAAAAAGAUCAUAUAUACGUCGUCGUUCUUCGCUCUUGGUCCUACCGAUGGAUAUAUUGCCGAUGGGAAUCAAACACACCCUGAAAAGUUCUUCUGCACGGAGUACGAGAAAUCAAAGGCGGCCGCCGAUAAGAUUGCUUUGCAAGCUAUAGCUGAGGGUAUGCCAAUUGUUCCGGUUUAUCCUGGUGUAAUUUAUGGCCCUGGCAAGCUUACCACGGGCAAUGUUGUUGCUCAAUUACUAAUUGAACGGUUUAAUUGGCGUUUACCUGGUUACAUAGGCCGUGGAAAUGACAGAUUUUCUUUUAGUCAUGUUGAUGAUGUAGUAGAGGGUCAUAUUGCAGCAAUGGGAAAGGGUCGACCUGGGGAAAGAUAUUUACUCACUGGAGAUAAUGCAUCAUUCAGGCAUGUUUUUGAUAUAGCUGCUAUUGUAACUGGAACUUCUAGGCCUAAAUUCAACAUCCCUCUAGGAGUUAUUGAAGCUUAUGGGUGGAUUUCUGUCCUGUUUGCUCGAAUUACAGGAAAGCUUCCUCUCAUUAGUCCCCCGACCGUGCAAGUUUUAAGACAUCAGUGGGCAUAUACUUGUGACAAGGCCAAAAUGGAGUUGGAUUACAGACCUAGAAGCUUGAAAGAUGGGCUUGAAGAAAUGCUCCCCUGGUUGAAGAGCUUGGGCGUGAUAAAAUACUAAAAACUAUUAACAACAUAUACUAAACUUGAUCCGACUCAUUAGGCCAAAAAAAGUAUGUAAUAAAAUGCUGAGAGGAACCUAUUUUUUGAUGCUGUUUCGUGCUGUCUGCAAUUCUUGUUUGGAGCAAUUAAGAAACUAGUUUGGUUCUGUGUUAA